AUGAGAAAUCACACAGCAAUAACAACAUUCAUCCUGAUGGGACUGACAGAUGACCCAAAACUACAAGUUGUGCUUUUCAUAUUUUUGUUUGUCACCUACAUGUUAAGUGUGGCUGGGAACCUCAGCAUUAUCACCCUCACACUUUUGGAUUCCCAUCUUAAAACUCCCAUGUACUUUUUUCUCCGAAAUUUCUCUUUCUUAGAAGUCUCAUUCACCACUGUCUGUAUUCCUAGAUUCUUAUACACUAUGACAACUGGAGAUAAUACUGUUACCUAUAAUGCUUGUGCUACCCAAUUAUUUUUUGUUGUCCUCUUUGGAGCGACAGAGUUUUUUCUCCUGGCUGCCAUGUCCUAUGACCGCUAUGUGGCCAUUUGCAAGCCACUGCAUUAUACAACCAUCAUGAACAACAGAGUCUGCACUACACUCGUCCUCUGCUGCUGGCUUGCUGGCCUGUUAAUCAUCCUCCCACCUCUUGGCAUAGGCCUUCAGCUAGAAUUCUGUGACUCAAAUGUGAUUGAUCAUUUUGGCUGUGAUGCAUCUCCCAUUCUGCAAAUAACCUGCUCAGACACAGCAUUUAUAGAGAGAAUUGUCUUGAGUUUUGCCGUGCUCACACUCAUUAUUACCCUAGUAUGUGUAGUCCUCUCCUAUACAUACAUCAUCAAGACCAUUCUAAAAUUCCCUUCUGCCCAACAAAGGAAAAAGGCCUUUUCUACCUGUUCUUCCCAUAUGAUUGUGGUUUCCAUCACCUACGGCAGCUGCAUCUUCAUCUACAUCAAACCUUCAGCAAAGGAAGGAGUGGCCAUUAAUAAGGUGGUGUCUGUGCUCACUACUUCAGUUGCGCCUUUGCUUAACCCAUUUAUCUACACGCUUCGAAACAAACAAGUGAAAGACGCGUUCAAAGACACAGUAAAACGGAUUGCACUUCUCAUAAAGUAA